UGUCGUAUUCAUCGUGUUUUGUUGGAGGCAGCAGAUCCCGAUAUUGACUCUUUUGAACGCAACACGAGUGAAAAAUACCUGGGUUCUAAAUUAACCUAUCUUCCGUCUCCAGUGGAUCUUCCUGUGGUCCAGAACGAUCCAAGUCUAGAGAUUUGUAAGCGUGAUACCAAAUUACGUACUUUGGACAGCUUCCAGCGUCGUCAUGCAGCGGUAGUGGAAAUGACUGAUCCGGAUAAAGAAGCGGGCGAGGUGACGGUCAGGAUUCCACCGGAGUUUUGGCCUCUCAUUGGUAAUAGUCGACCUUUAAAAUUAACAUUAGAAUUCUCAUUAAACAAGCCACGAUCAGGAUUCUACUUCGUAGUUCCUUCCGGUGAAGGAAGUCUUGCAGACCGAGGAGUUCACGCAUUCACUGGCUCAGUUCCAAAUUCAUCACGUCUUUGGUUUCCAUGCAUUGACUGUUCUGAGCCAUGUACUUGGAAAAUCGAAGUCACUGUUUUUGAAGAUAUGGUUGCAGUUGCACCAGGUGAAUUGAUUGACGCACCUUACUACACAGAAGACCUCCAACAUAAAACCUAUCACUUCUUUCUGUCACAGCCAGUUGCUGCACCUUACAUUGGCCUGGCCGUAGGCGCGUUUGACAUUUAUCCAGACCCCGUACUCACAAAUGGUGCCACUCACUUUUGUCCGAGUGGACUACUACCGCUGAUGAAACAUACCGUCUCUCAUAUUCCCGAGAUGAUCGAAUACUAUGAGGCUCUUUUGGCAUCACAAUAUCCUUUUGGAACGAUCAAGACUGUUUUUGUAGACCGAGCCUAUACUGAUUUUCAAGCUUAUGCUUCUCUCCUGAUUUUCCCGUUGGAAAUACUGCAUUCGGCGCAAAUAAUUGACCAGGCGAUUGAAACACGAAAAAUAAUUUCAUUGGCUGUUGCCAGUCAAUUUUUCGGUUGCUUUCUAACGAUGCAAACCUGGUUUGAUGCCUGGUUACCAAUUGGCCUAGCUGGUUACUUAUCCGGACUAUAUCAAAAACGGGUUUUCGGAAAUAACGAAUAUCGUCGCAUCAUAUCGACCGAAAUGCGUCAUGUGGUCAACUAUGAGUAUUCCAGAUAUGGCAUUCUAUUGGAUCCGUCCAAACGCACUACAAAAACGACGCAUUUCGGUCUCGCGUCACCACAUGUAAGGAAUUCCCUGUUUAAGACAGCCCCCCCCCCUAUUUUUUACCAGUCCUUAUUUUGA